AUGGUUUGUUUAGUUAUCUUUGGUUUAAUACGAAGUAUUGGUGGUACAAUUGGGAACUAUCGUGGCUGGUCACGAGGUGAACGAGUGGAUAGUUUCAUGUUAGCAUUUUUAGAUGUAUGUAAAUAUCCGCCUAGUUUUGCCUAUGCAACGAUGACAUUAAGUGGUUGUUCCUUUCUAUGUGUCAUAUUCGAUCUAUUAGUUAAUAAGGCGAUUCGUAGCACCGAAAGAUUAAAUGACAAUGUGUCUGUACGACAAAAUGCACAAGAACAAGAAAAUCAAAACCAUGUGGUGCGUGGAUUUUUAAGCAUACAGGUUGCUAAUGUAACAUCUAUAGAUACAGAUACUGUUAAUAAAGGAAAUCUAAGUUCAAGUAAGACAAGAUGUUUAUUUUACUUUGGUUCUCCAUUUAGCCGAGAAUUUCCAUUUUGGCCAUUUUGGGGGCGGUAUAUUUUAUAUCCAUUAUUAACAAUCGGCCGUGUACCAUUAUUUUUUUACAUUGUGCAUUGGUAUUUGUUAGGUUUAGGUGCGAUAAUAGUUCAUUCAUUUACUACUGGUUUGCCAUUGAAAUAUGUACCAAUAUGGUGGUUUGGGUUAAUCAUUGUUAUGCUUUUCUUAUGUGUACCUUAUUCAAGAUUCAAAGAAAAACAAGGACCCGAUAGUUUGUGGAGAUUUUUAUAA